GCUGCAGCGCUAAACAAUUCGUUUGACGAGGAAGCCUCAGGAUCGGAUUCGGUGAUUGUGCUCUCCGAAUCAGCUUCAGAAACCGUUAUUGCAUCGACAGAUCCCGUGAUGCGAAUGGACGAAAUGAUUCGGAAACUCAACAAACUGCUCGCGUUCCUUGCGCAAUUCAAUGCUAAAACGCAAGAAAUAAAAACUGUUCAGGAUGCGAUGGAUUUUGAUGUGCAAUCUUACUUGAAUGCCUGCAAAACUGGAUUAAAUAAGUUAAUCGAUGAGCAAGUGCAACAGCAAGUGUCCGAAAAGUUGGCCUCUCAUGCAGUGAACGUCUUGCAACUCAUGGAAUGGUGCUGGCCUGAGAUUAAUGAAGUGAUCAGGCCAGAAGAUGUCUUCCAGAGGCUGUCCGAAUUGUUGGCAACGGUACGAACGGAACGAGCAUGA